CAGCGAGAGAGAUAGAGAGAAACACAGAGACAACAAGAAGAAAGAAGAGAAAGAAGUAGACCAGAGAGACAAUCCGUGUGCGGUCGAACACAGAUACACACACCCUCACACAGUGACCCACAGAUAUCAAUCCAGCCAGCCGUGAUGCGUGUGUUGCCAGUAAUACUGCCCCUGCUGCUGUGUGUGGCAGUGGGGUUGAGCCAGGUGAGGGCGGAGGUGAGCUUAGUGAAGCUGUGUGGCAGAGAGUUUCUCAGGGCCGUCGUCUACACCUGUGGAGGCUCCCGCUGGAGACGGCUUCUCGACCAACCGGAGCAACUGGAGGAUUUGGCAAAUGGGGAGCUGCAGCAGAGCAGCCUGGAGGACCUGAAGGCCAACCUGGGGUCAGAGUUCAGCAGACGGGACCUGAACCACAUGCUGACCACAGUGUGCUGCAAAAUGGGCUGCAGGAAGAGCGACCUCGCAUAUCUCUGUUGAGACCUGAGUGUCUUUGUAGUUAACCUUUCAACUCCUCCUAAACAGACUUGCUCUCCUCCUAUCCAAACCGGUCUUACCUUCUUCACGAAAAACAGAAAUAGGGUGCAUUUGUUUUAUCUCAUCCUUUAUAUUUUAUAUUAUAUCCUCAACCAUUUCAGCCAAUCACAAUACUUGCACAGAAGAAUCAAAAAUAGAUGCAUGAAAUAAGAGCUUAAUAAAGAUAGAGCUUUUUAGCUAGUUGUUAUCAUAGAUUUACAUAGUAGUGGUUGAGGGGACUUUUACUUGUCGUGUCUGUGGAUUACAAAGAGGAACUUUUUCCCUGUCAUAGUUUGUAUCUCAUGAAGUUCAUACACAGGAUGGAAACCAGCCUCUGUUAAAUGUGUCAAUGAUGAGAGAGUUAAGAACCAAAGCUGAAUUCAGGGACUUUCAUGUAACUUUUUGAAAAGACUAGUCCUGAUCGUACGAUAUAUUUUGCUAGCCCUAGUCUAAUAAAUGUUCUUACAUGCUUGACAUG